AAAAAUUAAAAGAUUGUUUAGCAUUUUAUCAAAAAUUGGAAAAUAUUGUAGAAUGCUGUGUCAAAUUUAUUUCGGAAUGUUUUUAGUUGUUACGCCAUUGUGCCAAUCAUCAGAAAGCUAUAAUGAAGAUAUACUUGGCUUAGCAACACAAACAGUUUCUGACGCACUUGUACGUUUAGAUGAAUGUCUUGGAAAUAUGGAACGUAUAAAAAAUGAAAGGAUAAGAGAAAAGUUAUUGAAGACAAAUAAUAAAACUUCUUUUCAAAAAUUAAAUUAUGACGACAAAUCAUUUAGUGUUCCUAAAGAAAUUCAGCCAAUAAUUGAGAAAAUUUUCCCAGACUUAACAAGUAUUUAUUCCAUUAAAGAUGUCUUGGAAAACUUUGAAAAAAUUAAUUACACUGAUACAACAAAUAUAAUACCAAAAUUAAAACAAUUCAAAGAAAAUGAAUAUAUUAGCCUUUUAAAUUUUCUACAAAUUUUGGCGGGUAAAUAUUACAAAAUUCCAAAGCAAAUGGUGGAAUUAUUCAAUAAUCUUUUUGAAGGAUUUCAUGAUAAGGAUACGUUAAAGACGAGAUUAAUUUCCUUGGAUGAUUUUAAAAGUGUCUUAGAAAACGUUCUAAAUAAUGAUGAUGUCAAGAAAAAUAUAUUAAAAGCUUUUAAAGAUAUAGAAAAUGUGUAUUAUGAAGCAUGGUUAUUAAAAAAAAGAAAAGAUAUAAAUAGUAUUACAUUUCGUUCAUGUUAUUUGAAAUUAUUGUAUAAGGAAGAUAAGCAUAAGAGUAACUCUUUAACAUGAGAGUAGAUGAUCGUUAUUCAAAAUAAAUCAUCAUUACAAUAGUUGGUUUUUAUAACUGCAUAAUUGUUAAUGGUUUAUAAACUAAAUCAUAAUAAUAAUUAUAAUAAUAAAUAAUAAUUAUUAAAAAUUAGUUCCUCAUUUAUUUACAUAUUUUUGUCGACUUGAAUACUC